UGUUUGUCCGUGCGUCACGGUUCGAUGCCGUCCGCAUGCUCCGAUUCCGCUGCUCCGAUGCCGCUGCUCCGGUGCCGCUUCUCCGGUGCCGCUGUGGCCAGUCCUACAACGACCAAAAAAUGACCCGCUCCGCUUCGUACACGCUCUCGUUGUUGUCCUCCCCAGUCGUUUCCUCGCUUUCUCCCUUGUUGCACUUAGGGUUCUUGGUCUGA